AUGUGGGUUCCCUGUACGUUUCGAGGAUAUGUCCGAUUCGACGGACCGUCUAUGAUCUCGCGCCACCUUCUACAUAGCCUUCGGUACCAUCAAGCUCGCAAUGCAAGCACACAUGCCAAUGCUAAUAAGGCGAUUAAGAAACUGGAUCUUCUAGCAAUCGAUAAGCGAUGGAAAGAAAAAUGGAAGGAGAGCGUUCCUACAGCUCGGUCAACCAGCAAUAACAAAGAAAUGGCCUAUGUGCUACCCAUGUUCCCUUACCCAUCUGGGACCUUGCACAUGGGCCAUGUCCGAGUUUACACCAUAUCUGAUGUCCUAGCUCGAUAUAAACAGAUGAAGGGCUAUGAUGUUUUACACCCAAUGGGAUGGGACGCUUUUGGCCUUCCAGCUGAGAAUGCUGCGAUAGAACGUGGAAUCCAUCCAGAGGGCUGGACAAAACAAAAUAUAGCAAACAUGAAGGAUCAAUUAAAAGACUUGGGUAUCAGGUUUGACUGGGAUGCGGAAGUCAUGACUUGCGCACCGGAAUUUUACAAACACACGCAGAAACUGUUCUUAAAGCUCCACGAAAAAGGCCUGGCAUACCAGGCCGAAGCACUCGUGAACUAUGAUCCCGUUGACAAAACUGUUUUGGCCAAUGAACAGGUUGAUGCCAAUGGAUGCUCAUGGAGGUCUGGUGCAAAAGUUGAGAAACGAGAAUUAAAGCAGUGGUUUUUUCGAAUCACGGCUUUCAAAGAAGCCCUCCUUAAGGACCUCGAUUCAUUAUCCGGUAGUUGGCCAGAUAGAAUUCUGACAAUGCAAAGACACUGGCUAGGAAAAUCACGGGGUGCUCUUGUCCCAUUUAAGAUAUCAACGCCGGAAGAAACCCUUGACAUUGAAGUGUUUACCACGCGCCCUGACACGCUUCAUGGUGUCCAAUAUAUCGCCCUAUCUACAAGCCAUCCAGUAGUAAAUAAAUUGGCUCAAACUACUCCCGAGCUUCGGGAGUUCAUUGAUUCCACAGGCUCUUUACCGCCGGAGACAAAGGCAGGAUUCAAAUUGUCCGGAGUUGAGGCUACCAACCCACUUCAUCAUUUGGAAGAAAAUCCACACUUACCGUCCUCCCUUCCAGUUUAUGUUGCACCUUAUGUUUUACCUGAUUACGGGGAAGGGGCCGUUAUGGGGGUCCCUGGGCAUGAUUCUAGAGACAAUGGGUUUUGGAAUGAAAACGCCCCUUUACAGCCAAUCGUUUCUGUCAUUACGCCAACAAAGGUAGACAGAUCAGAUAUUGAAGGAAAGCCUAGUGUUAGUGCGGUAUUUUCGGGGUAUGGAGAAACCACUGAUAUAUGCGGAUCUUACGGCGGGAUGCCCUCAAAAGCUGCUGGAGAAAAGAUAAUAUAUGACUUGAAAAUGAAAGGAAGCCCUGCAAGGUUUGCGGAAAAUUGGAGAUUACGCGAUUGGCUAAUAAGUCGCCAACGAUAUUGGGGUGCACCUAUUCCAAUAAUUCAUUGUGACGGCUGCGGAGAGGUGCCAGUUCCUGACAGUCAGCUGCCAGUUGAACUGCCCUCUAUUCCAGGUUCUCAGCUGAAGAAUAAAACUGGCAAUCCCCUGGAGUCCGCAAAAGAGUGGUUGCAUACUGAGUGCCCAAGCUGCGGGGGACCAGCUAUGAGAGACACUGAUACCAUGGACACUUUCGUGGAUUCAUCAUGGUAUUUCCUAAGAUUUUUGGAUCCAAAAAACAACCAUUCGCCACUAUCACCCGCAAAGUCUCGCCCUGUGGAUAUAUAUAUAGGAGGGAUAGAGCAUGCUAUUCUCCACCUAUUAUAUUCUCGUUUUAUUUACAAAUUUCUUGCCGACGAAGGUAUGAUUGAAAAUACAUCGAAUCCCCCGGAGCCAUUCCUUAAACUCUUGUCUCAAGGAAUGGUCCAUGGCAAGACCUACACGGAUCCUAAAACUGGCCGCUUUUUACGCCCUGGUGAAGUUGAUCUCUCAAACCGAGCCUCUCCUAGGCUUACUGGGACAGAGACUCUAGCGAACGUUUCGUUUGAGAAAAUGUCAAAAAGCAAGUAUAAUGGAGUAGAUCCGAAUACUUGUAUUGAAACUUAUGGGGCAGAUGCUACCCGUGCGCAUGUCCUCUUUUCCGCUCCUGUCAGUGAAGUGCUAGAAUGGGAUGAAACUAAGAUUGUGGGCAUUCAAAGAUGGUUUAGUCGGAUUUGGAAAAUUGUGGAGGACACUGGUGAUUUGCUCAAAAGGGUAAAUUUUUCAGUCACUACUGAGCGCCUUUCGUCGUUGAAUGGCAUGGAGUUGCCGUCACUAGACAAGCUCUCAGAAGCCGAGAGUAAUCUCCUCCUUAUGGGACACAACACCAUAUCAUCAGUAUCGUACUGCUUGGAGAAGAAUCAAUAUGGCCUAAACACCGUCAUCUCUGACCUGAUAAAACUUACCAACGCGAUUGCGGCCGUACCUUUGCCCGCUGAACCCUCAGAGAUAUCUUCUCCCGCACAAUCUGCCACACCAUCACACGCAACGAUUUACAUAGCACUCAACUCUCUCCUCCGACUGUUGGCACCAAUUGCCCCAGCGUUCGCAUCAGAGUGUUGGGAAGUACUACACGAACCUCUUCUCAAAUGUGAUGACCCAAAUACACCUUCAGUUCCUUCGGUUUUCUCUUCUCCAUGGCCUUCGGAACUUUUGUCAGAGUCUGAGAUUAAACAGAUACAGUCACGUGGAGCGAAGACUGUUGCAAUCCAGGUUAAUGGGAAGCUCCGAUUUACUGCCUCCAUUCCACCAUUUCCUGGUGAUAAUGGCGCCCCUGAGUCAAUCAGUAAGGAGCAAGAGCAGGAGUGGAUAUUAUCUCAUAUUCUCAAGACCAAGGAAGGGAAGCUUUGGCUUGAAGAGAAGAAUGAUUGGGAAAAACGCAAACGAGUAGUCGUUGUAGGGGGUGGGAAGGUAGUUAAUAUUGUAUUCUAG